UUCUGCUGGUUUAUUUUGCUUUGUCCGCCGAAAAGGAAACUUGCUGCGAGGACAACAUUCCAAAGUUGACUUUAUUAUGAGCCAGAACGAUGCUCAGCUACAUUAGAGAUGCAAUCAUGUCACCGACAACACGCAGCAGCUCAAAUAACAAGAAAAGCAGCCACUCAACAGGCGAAGUCCUCAAGGAUGUGAGCUCAUCCGAAUCCACGGGAACACCAGGUGCUCCAAUGCGUGGCUACAAGGUUACUGACAACGAGCGAACGAGGAAAUAUGGAAUCGGAGCCAAUUCCCUGGAAAUGCUAAUAGCCAAGGCAAAAAGCAAGUUCCCGCUUCUGGAGCUACAUUUGUAUUUGGCUUCUGAUGGCUUCGAGGUGUCCGACGAUGAGUACUUAAAAAGCCUACCCGCCCAGACGCUAUUUAUUGUGUCUGGACCGGAUGCAGUCAUUACAACAGAUGCCGAUUUUGAGUUUGAGAAGAUGCGACAACAAUCGCCUUUACUGAAGGUGGCCGACAUUUUCUACGAUUUUAUCGAACAGCAUCCUGAAAAGUUUCGCCGCAUGAUCACGGAGUACGAACAACAAAAGCAGCGACGCGUCCUGGAUAACAGCAAGGCCCACCUCAGCUUGAAGGCCGAGCACGUGGAGUGGUUCACUGGCGGCGAGGAGCGUUUCCACUCGAAGGAAGAAGCCAUGGCCACACGUGCCCAGACACGUGUGCGCGGCUACUACUAUAAGGCCAAGGAGGAGCUGACCCGCAAUCCCUUGUACCGCCAAAAUGCCAAGGCCCGACAAGUGAUAAACUCUGUGCUGGAGAAGUUUCGAUACCUGCUCAUCGGUUGCGACUUUUUCUCCAUGAUGUUUGACAGGAAUUGCAAGCAGAAGCAUGAAUUCCUGCAGCAGCACUUGGGCGAUGAGGAAACAGACGCUGGCAGGAUACCCAGCAAGAGAUUGAGGCAGGUGAUUAAGGAGUACACCAAGGAAAACUGCAUCCUCGACGAAUGGUCCACUUCCUUGUGCUCCGACUUGGGUGAUUUCUAUUGCCAGGGCUCCUACUCGGAGAAUGGCAACAGCUGCUCAAAGCAGCACACUAUUAAUCCGUACGCUUCGCGUGAGAAUCUCAUUUUGUUUCAGGUCUGGAAUCUGGACCACCAAAUUGAACUGUGCCGCACAAUCCUUCCCGCACUUGUGGCAAAUGUGGAAGAACUUGUGAGUCAUCCGCAGACAAAGUGUUCACUUCAUAAGAAGCAAGUGGUCGAUAUCUCGGUACUGGAGUACUUUCUAGAAAUAUUCUCCCUAAAGAAUCUCAAACUAGUGCACAUUGUCUGUCAUGAGAAGGCGCAGCGCUCAAACCGCUCGAAUGGUCGCCUACUGUGCUCCGACUGUCAUGAGUAUCGGAUUGUGCAAGAGCUGAUGGAAGUCCAGGUGGACAGUCUAACCUCUUAAAUGGUAUGUGAGAAAUAUAUAAAAUUUACCUAGCCAAGCAAUAUUGUACACAAUAACUUUAGAAAAUGUAUCAACGAGUUUUGUUGCUAUUUUUAAACAAAUAUUGUAUAUUCAGUUGUUAAGCAUAUUAUAUUGCUGAUCUCAAAUGGUAUAUGUUGUACAAAUGAAAAUUAUCUCGAUGCCAACUAUAAAAACUUACUGUUGAAGGUUUUUCAUAGUAAAUACGUAUAUAGCUUUCCAAACUAUUAGAAUUAUGUGACUAUGCAAUAUCGGUAUAUAAUCUAGAGUUUAAAGUUAGUUGAUUGUAACGAUAGGAGCUAACAAUUUAAAGUUGGCGUUACAUCGAUCAGCAAGUCCAACCUAUGAAAUAUGAAAAUAUUGUAUGUUAUAAAGUAUACUCAUAUAACGAAUUUAAACAAAACGUAACAGUAUGAAAAGGUUUUGCUACACUUGGCUUCUCUGCACCUCUACAAUUGUUUUAUUUUUGUAUGGGCAAUGUAUUCAAGAGCCAUCAAUAUUGUAAACAGACAAAAACAAGUUUUUUGAUUUGACUUCUUUAUUUACUAAAAAUGUUUACUGCAUAUAAAAUUGUACAACACAAAAUAUAUUUAUUUAUGUAUCAAAUAAUAAUAUUCAAAUAAAUGUGCAGAACGUUCGUAUGAAUACGAACUGAGUAAAAGAAUAAA